CAAUCGCGGCGUGGGGUGGACCGCGGGCCCGGGGGGAGUUGUCUUGUGGAUCCUCACGCGAUUGGGCUUUCUUAAAAAGGCCUGACGCGCUGGGCUUUUUUCUGCGCUACACUCACGUCUCUACAGAAAUAGCAGGGCUUGGCGCACAGACAGGAGCUGUGGUGGAAGUGAGGACACAUCAGCAUAGUGCCACAACGAGGAAACAACGAGGAAACCCGGAGCCCGUGCACUCCUCUAGAGCCUGUUUAUCCAAGAAAUCACAUCUAUCAACCAGACUCUAGUCACAGGAGCAAAGCAGUGAUUGAUCCCUCUCAAGUUUGCCCAAGUUUCGUUUUAGGCAGAGUUUGAGUGGAAUGGCAUUGGACUUCGCCGCGGGCUGUGUGGGAGGUGCUGCUGGGGUGUUGGUGGGACAUCCUUUCGACACUGUGAAGGUGCGACUUCAAGUUCAGAAUGUGGACAAACCCCUUUACCGCGGAACAUACCACUGUUUCCAGUCCAUUAUUCGCCAGGAGUCGGCUCUGGGACUGUACAAAGGCCUGGGCUCUCCCCUGAUGGGCCUAACCUUCAUCAAUGCUAUAGUGUUUGGGGUGCAGGGGAACGCCAUGAGGAAGCUGGGCCGGGACACCCCUCUCAACCAGUUCCUGGCCGGAGCGUCUGCUGGGGCAAUUCAGUGUGUCAUCUGCUGCCCCAUGGAACUCGCCAAGACACGCAUGCAGAUGCAGGGCACAGGGGAGAAGAAGUCCAAGAGGAAGCUAUACAAGAACUCUCUGGACUGUCUAGUGAGAAUCUACAGGAAGGAGGGGCUGCGUGGCAUUAACCGGGGCAUGGUGACCACUCUACUGAGAGAGACUCCUGGUUUUGGGGUCUACUUCCUGACCUACGAUGUGCUAACACGGCAUUUGGGCUGUGAGCCAGAAGACUCCUACAUGAUUCCCAAGCUGCUGUUCGCUGGUGGGAUGUCCGGAAUUGCCUCUUGGAUCUCCACCUAUCCAGUGGAUGUAAUUAAGUCCCGCCUCCAAGCAGAUGGAGUGGGCGGGGUUAAUAAAUACAGUGGCAUUAUGGACUGUGUUCGGCAGAGCCUUCAGAAGGAGGGCUGGAGGGUCUUCACUCGUGGGCUCACGUCCACACUCCUUCGAGCCUUCCCUGUUAAUGCCACGACCUUUGCUACAGUGACUCUGUUCCUCAUGUACAUGAGGGAGGGAGAGGAGUGCCCCAUCCAAGACUCGGAGCCCCCUAGUGUCCCACUGCAGUCACUGCAGCCUCAGUCCCAGCCCAGCAGUAUGUAAGGCUCCACUUAUUUGCCAUUCAAAGUGAUCCUAGGUUUUAAUGUAAUGGUCUAUUUUAAUAAGACUAUACAAUAUAUGUAAAUAUUGUCAGUUUUGUACAGUAUUUUUCUUUUUUCUUUGUUACAAUGGCUUGUUACAAGUAGAGUGGGAAAACUUGUAGAUCAAAUCUAAACCGUAUCAGUACACUACACUUUUUUACUGCUAAGCAGUGGUGGCCCUUUUGUAAAGAGUCUUUGGAGAGGUACCCCUCUAGUUGGUUACAUAGGCUUCCAUACUAUUGUCAUUUUUGUACACAAUUAAAGCAGUAAACUUGGUUUAAGGGUUAAGUACUGAAUUGUAUAAAAUGUAUUUCUUUUAAUUUAUAAUGGUUUAGGUUUUGUUUUAAAUUUUAUAAUGGUUAAACCAAUCAUGCAGUAAUGUCUUUGUCAAUAUUUAUUGUACCACAAACCAUGUCAAUUCAUGAUCUGAUGCCAAAAGACCUUUUUAAAUGUGUAUAUAUUUAUUGUAGCUGUUGCUACAGUACUUUAUCUUGUUACUACUUUUAAGCAGGUGUCCCAUGGCAUUUGUAUUUAUUUUAUUAUAUUAUUUCUGUUUGCUGUGAUUCUCAAACAGUUUGUCUAAACUGUGAGUCAGUGACACAAGCACUGUUAGUCCACGCUGCUUCUCUUCAGCAGGUCAACUCCAGGAGGGGACUAUUUAAGUGAUAUUUAAUAAAUAAAGCAUUUGUCUAUGCGUGAGUGGAGCCCGCUGCUGCUGCUGCUCCAUGCUCUUGCUGAUUGAAUGUUAUCGGGUUGGUGCAGCUUUGAUGCUCUUCCAAAGGCAAGUGUAAAUACUGUGAAUUUCUAUAGACUAGGUCUCAUGCUCUCUCCGGGUGGGUGGUGAGUCUCUGUCCCAAGUGGAGGAGUUCAAGUAUCUCGGGGUCUUGUUCACGAGUGAGGGAAGGAUGGAGCGGGAGAUUGACAGGCGGAUCGGUGCAGCGUCUGCAGUGAUGCGGUCGCUGUAUCGGUCCGUUGUGGUAAAGAAGGAGCUGAGCCGGAAGGCGAAGCUCUCGAUUUACCGGUCAAUCUACGUUCCUACCCUCACCUAUGGUCAUGAGCUCUGGGUAAUGACCGAAAGGACAAGGUCGCGGAUACAAGCGGCUGAAAUGGGUUUCCUCCGCAGAGUGGCCGGGCGCACCCUUAGGGAUAGGGUGAGGAGCUCGGUCACACGGGAGGAGCUCGGAGUAGAGCCGCUGCUCCUACACGUUGAGAGGAACCAGCUGAGGUGGCUCGGGCAUCUGCUCAGGAUGCCUCCUGGACGCCUCCCUAGGGAGGUGUUCUGGGCAUGUCCCACCGGGAGGAGGCCCCGGGGAAGACCCAGGACACGCUGGAGGGACUAUGUCUCUCGGCUGGCCUGGGAACGCCUUGGGGUCCCACCGGAGGAGCUGGAGGACGUGUCCGGGGUGAGGGAAGUCUGGGAGUCCCUGCUUAGACUGCUGCCCCCGCGACCCGGCCCCGGAUAAGCG